AAGAGCUCCUACAAAUCAAUAAUGAACAACGAACUAGACAAGCAAAAAAUGUAUAUGAGCAAAUCAGUAAAGUUUAUGCAAAAUUAAACACAAUGAAAUAAUUUUUUCAUCUAAGAUUAUUGAGGACUAAAGUUAAAAAAAAACAUUAUGGGUAAUGUUGACAAUAGAAUGGCCAGGGAUAUUGUCAUAAAAUCUUGAUACUUGUGUAAAUUGGUACCAAUUUUAGAUAACAAUUUGGCAACAAUUUGUGUGUGUGUGUGUGUGUGUGUGUGUGUGUGUGUGUGUGUGUCUGUGUCUCUGUGUGUUAAAAUAUUUGCAAGAAUGUAUUGCAAACUAUCAAAAGUAGUUGGGAAAUGGAAUCUCCAAUGGUUUUUAAAAUAAUUUUUUAUGUUAGAAAAUGUUUACUAUGGAUAACUUUUUGUUUAAAUCAUGAAAACAUAUUUAAAACAAAUAUGUUGCAUAAUAUUAAGAUAGUCUAUCAUUAACCCAGGGAUCCUUCUGCAGAUUGAAGAAACUUCAAGACAAUGGCUGGAGGAAGGAACAGUACAAUAGUCAUCAGAUUCAUCCUUUUGGGAUUCUCAGAUUAUCCCAAGAUCAAGAUCGCUCUCUUUGUAGUAUUCUUGGGUUCUUACCUCUUGACAGUGGCUUGGAACCUGGGCCUCAUCAUCCUGAUUAGGAUGGACUCUCACCUACAUACACCCAUGUACUUCUUCCUCAGUAACUUAUCUUUCUUGGAUUUCUGCUAUGUUACCUCCACAACCCCGAAAAUGCUCUCAGACUUCUUCCAGAAGCCUAAAUCCAUCUCCUUUCUGGGAUGCACCAUGCAGUACUUCUUCUUCUCUAGCCUGGGUCUGACUGAGUGCUGUCUCCUGGCUGCCAUGGCUUAUGACCGAUAUGCUGCCAUUUGUAAUCCUCUACUCUACACCGCCAUCAUGUCACCCACCCUCUGUAUACAGAUGAUGGUUGGAGCCUGUAUAACUGCUCUCUUUGGUUCAUUGAUCCAAUUGUGUGCUUUACUUCAGCUCAAUUUUUGUGGGCCCAAUGUUAUCAACCACUUCUUCUGUGACCUGCCUCAAUUAUUAGUCCUAUCCUGCUCUGAAACCUCUUUCCUAAAAGUCAUGAAGUUUGUGAUAGCAGUGAUUUUUGGUGUAAUAUCUGUCUCAGUCAUCAUGAUAUCUUAUGGUUAUAUCAUUGCUACCAUCCUGAAGACAAGCUCUGCUGAAGGCAGGUCCAAGGCCUUCAAUACCUGUACUUCUCACCUGACAGCAGUGAUCUGUUUUUUUGGAUCAGGACUCUUUGUCUAUAUGCACCCCAGCACUGAUGAUUCUCUGGACCAUGACAAGAUGGCAUCAGUCUUCUAUACAGUGGUGAUCCCCAUGUUGAAUCCUUUGAUUUACAGUCUGAGGAACAAGGAAAUCAAAGACGCGUUUAAGAGGUGUAAGAAGAGAGCUUUUUCCCAUUGUCAUAGUUAAAGGUCUGGCAGGCUAGUGGUCCUGGUGACUGGAAGUUUCUAGACUAUGCAGAGAAACGCAUUUAACUUUAUUCAAUCCUACUGGUGCUCUGGCAGGAUUGCAAGUGAGUCAACCCAUCUAAAUCCAGGACUGGUUCACUGGGAUGCAAAUCCUGUGGCUUCUUUGCAACUUGACAGUUGGCUCUUCUCUUGUAUAGUGAUAAUAACAUCACAAGUUAACUAUAUUAACUGUUAUAUUAAUAUAAGCCUUCAGUUCCUUGGUGUUUAGCCCUUACAUAUUCUUUCAGAACUUCUGCCUGCAG